ACUUCUUCUUCCCAGACAAGUUGUCAGGCAAAAUCCGCCAAAAUUCUGUCAUCACUGUGGACCACGCCGUCGCAGCUAGCGGGAGGCGCCAGCAGCGACAGCAGCUCGGCCAAGGCCAAGUUCAAGAUCACCGUUGUGAGCACGCCGAGCCCCUCGCCGGGCUCACCGCCACCCACGCCGCCGCCCAGCACACUCGGCCACAUGGUCGAAACGAAUUCCCCGCCGGCGGGCUACGUGCUCAAGCGCUGCGCCAGCGACCUCGGCGAGCAUCAGCCGCAGCAUCAGCAGCCGCCACGACAAAUGCCACGCUCACGCUCGCCGGCCAAUGCCAGCAAUGCUGCCUAUCACCUGACCACCGCCAUGCUCCUCAACUCCCAGCAAUGCGGCUAUCUGGGCCAACGCUUACAGUCGGUGCUGCAGCAGCAGCAGCAGCAGCAGCAACAACAACAACAACAACAGCAGCAGCAGCAACAGCCGCAAUCGCAGACGCCCUCCUCUGAUGAUGGCUCCCAGUCGGGCGUCACCAUUCUGGACGAGGAGCGUCCGCGCGUCAGCGGACCCACUGCAGCCUCCGCUGCGGCCGCCUCGCUCUUCACCAUUGACAGCAUUUUGGGAUCACGCAAUGCUGCUGCAGCCGCUGCCGCAGCGGGCGCCGGCAACAACAGCAGCAAUGCCCACAACAAUAUCAACAACAACAACAGCAGCAGCAACAACCACAACAACCACAACAACAACAUUAGCAUCAACGGCAGCCUGGGCUUGGGCCUGGUCAAACGCAACGCCGAGUCACCUGCCUCACCCAACUCCAAUUCGAGUUCCAGCGCCGCCGCCAGCCCGAUCCGACCGCAACGGGUUCCUGCCAUGCUGCAGCAUCCUGGACUGCAUCUGGGCCAUCUGGCGGCGGCGGCAGCGAGCGGUUUUGCCGCCUCCCCCUCGGAUUUUCUAGUGGCCUAUCCCAAUUUUUAUCCCAAUUAUAUGCACGCCGCGGCCGUUGCCCACGUCGCCGCCGCCCAGAUGCAGGCGCACGUCAGUGGACACGGUGCCGCGGCUGCCGCUGCCGCUGGACUAACCGCUCAUGGCCAUCAUCCGCAUCAUCCACACGCCCAUCCGCAUUCCCACCUGGCGCACCAUGCCCAACAUCAUUUGGGCCUGGGCCAUUUGGGUCAUGGUCCGCCGCCGAAGCGUAAGCGUCGCCAUCGCACCAUCUUCACCGAGGAGCAGCUGGAGCAACUGGAGGCCACGUUCGAUAAGACACACUAUCCGGAUGUGGUGCUGCGUGAACAGCUGGCUCUGAAGGUGGAUCUCAAGGAGGAACGCGUGGAGGUCUGGUUCAAGAAUCGUCGGGCCAAGUGGCGCAAACAGAAGCGCGAGGAACAGGAGCGACUGCGUAAGCUGCAGGAGGAGCAGUGUGGCAGCACCACCAGCAACGGCAACAACAGCAGCAACAACAACAACAACAACAACAACAGCAGCUCUGGCAGCUCCAACAACAACAUUAGCAACAACAAUGGCAGCACUGGCACACCAACAGCUGGCAACGCCGGCAUCAAAUGCGACUAUGCGCCGCAGCUGGUGCACAUCAAAAGCGAUCCGAAUCAUUACAGCGAUGCGGACGAAUCCUCCGAUCUGGAGGUGGCCUAAGCCCCAAGCAGGAUCAAUAAAAUAUAUAUGUAAAUAUUUGCGGCGGCGCUUCAAUUUUGUUUUGUAUAUAAAUAAGAGA